AUGGCAGAGCAAGUAGCCUGGAUUGGUCUGGGGAAUAUGGGACGGCUUUGUAUACAACUAACCAAACCCACUUCAGAUCCAGGGGAUGGUCAGGAACCUCGUCGCCAAAUAUCCCCUCCAAACUCCCCUAAUAGUCUCAACAGAACCCAAUCUCGCGCAAGGGACGUAGCUUCCACGCUGGCCAGACCCGUCACCAUUGCCCCAACCGUCACAGAAGCCGUCGGAUCUUCCACAAUCAUCUUCACCUGUUUCUCAGACGAUCACGCCGUCAUUGAAACACUUUAA